UUAGUGGCCUGUAAGGGAAAAAAAAUUACUGAAAGUUAACAACCGAAGAAUAAUGGGAGUCCCAAAUAUAAGACAAAAUGGCUGACAUAGCAACAAAGAGCGUGAACCUGGGAAACAGGACUUAUAUCUGCCAAAACACACAGAGAGCGGCACAAGGUGUUAUAUGGUACAGCGGCAACCCUCUCAAAGUCCCAUAUUCCCUUUUCAUGAUUGAGUUCUCUGUGUUUUCCUCAGUCUCCUUAUUGUUCGAAUUCCUUCUCAAGCCUCUGGGACAAUCGAAGCUCGUUUCGCAUCUUCUUAGUGGUCUAAUAUUUGGGCCAUCAGUGCUGGGGAAUCUUGACAAAUUUUCAAACCGCUUGUUCCCUAUAGCAGGGUUAAACCUUGUUAAAAAUGUAGCAGUAUUUAACCUUAUGUUCUUCGUCUUCUUACUUGGGCUGAAAAUGAAUCUAGGCAUGAUGUUUCAACCAGGAAGAAAGGGCAAGAUGAUAGGCUUGACACUCUUCCUCUUCUCAACUACACUCCCCAUGGGACUAUCACUCGUGUUAUCAAAAAUUUUCAACCAAGGAAAGUCUCCUUUCUUCAUAGCUGCAACACAGCAUCUAACAGCUUGUCCAGUGGUCGCCAGUCUAUUAACUGAGCUUAAACUUAUUAACACUAACCUUGGCCACCUGGCUCUCUCUGCAGCAAUGUUUGCUAACACAAUCUCCAUUUCUGUCAACGUCCUCUUUUUCUCAUUUAAUUAUGCUCUCACUUCCGAUAUGGCAAAAGUGGCGGGCUCACUUCUUACACCAAUGGCUCUUGUGAUCGUUAUUGUGUUCAUAUUCAGGCCAGCAAUAAUGUGGAUGUUCAAAAAUUCACCUGAUGGGAAACCUGAUGGAGGCUGUAUCUUUUGCGUUUUUCUGAUAGUCAUUAUUUCGGGGAUUUUAAGUGAGAUUGCAGGCCAGCAUUAUGGCCUCGGACCUUUAGUUUUAGGCUUUGUUGUCCCCGAAGGUCCCCCGUUAGGAUCUGCUUUAGAAUCAAAGCUAGAUAGUUUUAUUUCAAGUUUCUUUUUUCCCUUGUUCCUUGCCAUAUUAGGAAUGGAAACAGAUGUUUUCAAGAUUCAUUUUCAAGCUUUUUGGACUGUGGCACUCGUUGUUGUCCUUGCCUCCGUUGUCAAGAUCUUAGCAGUGAUGUUGCCAGGGAUCUAUUACGAGAUGCCUAAACAAGAAGCAUUUGUGCUUGGACUCAUUCUGAAUGCAAGAGGCUCUAUUGAUCUCAUGAUGUUCAGUAUAUGGAAGGACUCCAAGCUUUUAACCGAAGAAUAUUUUGCUCUGGGUGUUUUAUCAGUGUUGGUGGUAAUGGCAAUCAUAACCCCAUUGAUCAAACAAUUCUAUGAUCCUUCAAGUCAAUACAUUUCGAGCAACAUAAACACCAUUCAACAUGCCAAGCGAGAUUCAGAGUUUCGAAUUUUGGUCUGCAUUCAAAACCAAGAUAACAUUCCUGCAGUUAUCAAUCUCUUGGAUGCCUCCUGCGCCGCCCAAGACAGCCCCAUUUUUGUUACAGCAAUGAUUCUUGUCGAGAUUGUAGGGAGAGCCACCCCACUACUUUUCUUGAACGAUGAUAAUCAUAAGACAAACGCAUCAUCUUCAGCAGGCCCAAUAGUGAAUGCAUUAAGAAUCUAUGAAGAACAUAAUCAAGGCAAUGCUAUGGUUGAAUCCUUCACUUCAAUAUCCCACAUCCACACAAUGUAUGAUAACAUCUGUCAAAUGGCUUGCGACAAACGAGCCAAGAUUAUAAUCAUGCCAUUCCACAAACAAUGGGCUAUCGAUGGUGGCGUUGAGUCUGUGAGCACUUCCCUCCAGUCACUCAACAUCAAUGUCCUCAACAAGGCCCCAUGUUCAGUUGGAAUUCUUGUUGACAGAGGAAUGGCAAACGGGUCAGUUUCUGUUCUCGCCCGGCGUUCAUUAUUCCAGGUUGCAGCUCUAUACAUCGGCGGCCCAGAUGAUAAUGAGUCACUAUCAUAUGCAUUUCGCAUGGCUAGACAUGAAUCUGUUCGCCUUGUAGUCAUCAGAGUCCUUCAGUUUGGAGCUGAAAACACUAAAGAUAGAAAGCGUGGCAGCAAUCUGAUCGAUGAAUACAUUCGUUCGAACAUGGGAAAGAAGAAUUUCGAGUAUGUAGAAGAGGUGGUGAAAGAUGGGUCGAAUCUAGCUGAACGUCUAAUGGGGUUGGUAGAUAGUUUUGAUUUGAUUUUGGUAGGAAGAUACCAUCCAGAGUCAGAAAUAUUUGCUGGACUUGAGGCCUGGAGCGAGUGCCGUGAGCUUGGAGUCGUAGGGGAUAUGCUUGCUUCGCCUGAUUUUCCAACCAAUGCAUCAGUUUUGGUGGUGCAGCAGCAAAGAAUCAGGCAGAAGCUGAUGAUGCGCAGCGAGCGGGCGGGAAAUAAUGUAGAGGCUGGCAUUCCCUCUAAUGAAUCUGAUAAUAGAUUUUCCAUUUCAGUGGUUCGUUAACCACUGCAACAAGAAUGUCACAAACUUAUAAUAGAUUAGUUAUUUCAGAUCAGUUUUCCUUUUAAA